UUUUUAAAAAAAAAAAAAAAAAAAAAAGAGGAAAAUUUAGAAAGGCGGAAGAAGUGAAGGUUCAUCGAGGGGGACGAAGGAAGAAGAAUCCUGGGAUUUCGCUGGGUGCAGUGUGUAGACAAACAACAGAAUCCAGCACCUGAAACCCCUCCGUUGCGUCGAUGUCCGGAAAUAAUGACGUGGAGAAUCCUAAAGCGGGUGAACCCCAUAUAAUUUCGAAAUCUGCCACUGAAACUCAAUCAAACUGGCACAGUAUCUUGCUCCACCAAGCCUCUGUCUACGGCAUAGCAGCUGGAUACUGCAUAUCAGCUUCUUUGCUAUCCAUCAUCAACAAAUGGGCAGUCAUGAAAUUCCCUUAUCCGGGGGCAUUAACUGCUUUGCAGUACUUCACCAGUGCUGCUGGGGUUGUCAUUUGUGGCUGGCUCAAGUUUGUAGAGCACGACCGACUUGACCUCCUUACAAUGUGGCGUUUCCUACCUGCUGCAAUUAUAUUCUAUCUUUCCCUUUUCACCAACAGUGAGCUCCUCCUCCAUGCUAAUGUUGACACUUUUAUUGUCUUCCGGUCAGCUGUUCCAAUCUUUGUUGCAAUAGGAGAAACUCUCUUUUUACACCAACCCUGGCCGUCAGUCAGGACAUGGGCCUCACUUGCCACCAUCUUUGGAGGAAGUGUGCUUUAUGUGUUAACAGAUUACCAGUUCACAUUCAUGGCUUAUAGCUGGGCUUUAGCUUACCUGGUUAGUAUGUCCAUCGAUUUUGUCUACAUAAAGCAUGUGGUUAUGACCAUUGGUUUAAAUACAUGGGGUCUGGUACUGUAUAACAACCUUGAGGCCCUUCUUUUGUUUCCCUUGGAACUACUUAUUAUGGGUGAAUUGAAAAAGAUAAAACAUGAUAUCUCAGAUGAGUCAGAUUGGUACUCUUUUGAUGUGGUUCUUCCAGUUGGACUUUCGUGUUUGUUUGGCUUAGCAAUCUCUUUCUUUGGGUUUUCUUGCCGGAGGGCAAUUUCUGCAACUGGUUUUACUGUUCUUGGUAUAGUGAACAAGCUAUUGACAGUUGUGAUUAAUUUGGUUAUUUGGGACAAGCAUUCAACGAUUGUUGGAACAGUGGGGCUUUUGAUAUGCAUGUUAGGUGGUGUUAUGUAUCAGCAAUCAACAAGCAACAAGCCUAAGCCUGUGCAAGAAGUAAAAGCACAAGAGACUGAGGAAGAACAACAGAAGCUACUUGAAAUGCAGAACAUCUCAGAAAGCAACAGAACUGAGAAGCUAGCCACUGAAUUACAAGGGGGAAAGUGAGUAGGAUUUUUUCAAUAGGAAUAUUGCUUAAUUCUUUAUUGUUUUGGGUAAUAUCAAAGGAUUCCAACUCCAGUGAUGGAUAAAGUGAACAGUAUUGGGGUGCUCGCUGUCCACUUCUCAUUCGGAUGACUUCAACAAUCUUUGAUCGAAUAGAUAUCAAUGUUAGAUAUGCAAGUUCAGAUGGAUAGUUGGAUGCUCUUUUAUAACAAACUCUUUUUUGUCGAAAGGUCGUUAAUUGAUCUAUUUUGACGACCUGCUCUGCAGAGCCUAUUGAACCUGGAAAACCACUUAGACAGAAUAUUGCAUAGUGCUCUUUUUUUUUUUUUUUUUUUUUUUUUGGUAGUCUUAUUGAAACAUAUAAUUGAUUCGUAGAGUAUAUUAGAAAUGUCUUCUAUGGUGAUAGAGAUGUGGGAUAUGUGGCAGGACUUUGUUGGAUUUUAUCAGAAUUUUCUGUGUCUAAGAUGAUCCUAGAAAAAGUUGCAACUAUUUCAAAUUUGAAAUAAAUAUAGUGUCUUUCUCUUUUGGUAAACAUUUUUUUUUUAUAUUAGAAUUCUGUAAUAAAUAUUAUCAAAAUUUUAUUUUUCAUAAUCAAAUCUGAUAUUCCUUUGGAUUAUUAUUAUAA